AUGAAGCUCUCUCUGCUCUCCCUGGCUGCCAGUCUCCUCCUUCUCGCAGCAUCAUCGCACGCCUCGCCUCUCCACUUCCUCCUGAAGCGUGAGAAUGCCCUGGUAGCUGCUGUUUUCGGUAGCGUGAGCGAUGGUUGCAAGCGCAGCUUGUAUAGCCUGGCGAUGGACGCGGAGGUCGAGUCGUGCUUGCACCUGCACGACUUUGCCAAGACGCUGUACAGCGUGAACCGGGCCAGCGAGAGCAUUAUCGAGCCAGUCGAGCAGUUCUUGUCCAAGCAAGUGUGCAAGAAGGACGCCUGCUCAGCGGAUGCCAUCAAUGCGGCGCAAGCCAACAUCGCAGACGACUGCAAGGACGACCUCGCCAACAAUGAUGGCUUCAACAUCGCCUACGUGCUGCAGUAUGUCCUGUCGCGCUACAAUCCUGCGAGGGAGGCUCUCUGUCUCCAGGACUCGACUCACCAGAACAUGACGUGCUCAGCACAGCAACUCGACCUCAUCCAAACCACGUUCAAUAGCAACGUCUCUCAAUCGAGCCUCCUCAAGUUCUUCCAAACCGAAGAGACACCGCUCGACACCAUGCUUCAGAGCAUCAAUGCCACGAACGAAACGCGAAGCGCCUUCUGCAACAAUUGCACGUACGCCUUCGCUACCACCUUCCUCCCCUACGCAGGGGACGACGUGCUCCUCAACUCGACGCGUCUCGACGCUCUGAGAAGCAACAUCUCGUCCAUCUGCGGUGAAAGCUUCCUGGAUGGAAAGAUGCCCGCUUCUGUCAUGAACGGGACAGCGAAGAGCCCGUCAAAGGUGCGAGCACCUGUUCCGUCGGAGAAUGGUACGGUGAGCGCCACCACGCCGGCGUCGAAUGGAGCGCUGUCGUACGGGCGAGUUGCGGCGGCUACCUUGUCGAGUGUAGGGCUCGUGCCGUUGCUACUUGCUGCAGCCGUAGCGACGGUCCUUUGA